AAAGGAUCUGGUUGUUGAGGGAGCAAGCGUCAAGGCGUUUGUGUAUGUUAGGAGAUGUUUCCGAGUAUUGGGAGGAUGAGGGUGAAGCACAGAGGUGUGCUUUUGACGCUUAAGGGAACGGUGAUACGGUCUGCGUCGGUGAAGAUGAUUGAAGGGGAAAAGGAGUAUGAGUGUAGAAGGUGCCGGCACAGGUUCAAAGUUUACCCAGAGUUGGAAACUGGAAACCCGAUAAGACUGCCGACUUCUUGCCCAUCGAAGGUAAGGAAGUCAAUUAUCCAAAUUCUUUCAGCUUCUUGUGGGGAUGAUAAAUUUUCUGGGGGGUUGUUUGGAUAACCACCCCAGAUUAAUUAUGAUUGAAGUCGCUUCUCUUUCCGUUCUACCAUAUCAGCUUAACUUUCAUAUAUGUUUUCAUUUUUGUUAAGGUUUAUGCCAAUCACGGGAUGUAUAUAUAUUAUUGUCAUCAUUGUUUCUCAUGCUCAACGUGUGUGUUGAGUCAUUAGAGUGGAGUAGUAAUGUAGCAUGUGAAAUUUCUGCAUGCCAAUGAGUCUGGGUGCUUCUAAUAAUCACUUAAAUGAGUAAGUUUUCA